AUGUUCAAACCUACGUUUGGCCAGACAAACACAACGCCUGGAUUUGGCGCCUUUGCAGGAACUGCCAAUGCUAAUCCGUUUGGACAAACUCCAGUUUUCGGUAAAACUACUAAUACAGGUUUUGCGCCACCAACGUUUGGUGCUAGUGGUUCAACCAGUCUUUUUAGUAACACACUAUCUUCAAGUGGAAGUUUGUUCGGUUCUUCUACGAAUACUCCGACGUUCGGUCAAGCUCAAACAACACAACCAUCUUUUGGUUUUGGAACCACACCUCAACCAACUACAAAUUUAUUUAGCGCUCAACAAAAUGCAGGAAGUGGUUUGUUUGGAUCAGGAACAACAUCUGCAUUUGGAGCAAAUAAACCUCCAUUUGGAUCUGCUUUUGGAACAGGAACAAAUACUGGUUUGUUCGGAGCCCAACAACCUGCACAAACUUCUACUUCAUUGUUUGGUCAAACUACAGCAACAACUGGGACAGGAUUGUUUGGAGGAACCACCAGUACUUUUGGAGCAUCUAAUCAACAGACUGGAACAGUUAUAAAAUUUAAUCCUGUAACAGGAACAGAUAGCUUACUCAAAAAUGGAGUAUCUCAGACUGUUAACACUAGGCAUUUUUGCAUUACUUGCAUGAAAGAAUAUGAAAGUAAAUCGUUAGAAGAACUUAGGUUAGAAGAUUAUAUGGCUAACAGAAAGGGUCCUCAACAAAGCAAUUUAUUUGGAACUCCUACUCAGCAACCAUCAUUGUUUGGUGCUACAUCUGGAGGUACUUUAUUUGGAAAUCCUCAAACUGAAAAUAAAACUUUGUUUGGACAAGCAAAUACAACUUUAGGUGGUGGCUUUGGUACAAGUAGCACCAAUGUUUUUGGUUCAACCCCAUCUGCUACAAAUUCUUUUUUUGGCAACAAACCAACUUUUGGUACAGCAACAACUACAGCUCCAGCAUUUGCAUUUGGUUCUUCUACAACUAAUAAUUUAUUUGGUAACACUCAAAAUAAAAGUUUUGGAACUACGCCACAAACUGGAAUAUUUGGGCAAACACCUAAUCAACAGCCUACUACUUUCGGAGCAAACACAGGAUUUCAAGGCUUCAAUGCACCACAAAACCAAUCUAUUGGGUUAUUCCAAAACAAAUCUCAAACAUCUUUUAAUAUAAAUCCCACUACAACCUCUGCAUUUACAUUUGGAACAAAUACAUCCACAAAUCAGGGUAUUUUUGGUAAUAAACCUGGUACAACAGGAUUCGGCACCAAUACGGCUACAAAUUUCGGAAGCUUCGGAACUGGUGGGGGUUUUGGCACAUCGACUGCUACUACGUCAUCCGCAUUUAAACCUACCACAACUAAUUUUUCUUUUGGAAACAGUGGAACCUUGGGAACAGGAACAUUAGGAAAUAGUGGUUCUCUGUUUGGAAACACAGCUCAAAAACCAGGAGGUCUUUUUGGAAACACCACUAAUACCAAUUUGUUUGGGUCAUCUUUUGGUAGCACUCCAAAUACCUUUGGAGUUACCGGUUUAAAUGUGGGUGCAUCUGGCGGAAACAGUUCUUUUGGGAAUACAUCUUGGAUGCCUUCUCAACCAUCAAAUUCGUCUACACAUCCAGCUAUUUUAGCUUUGGCAUCGGUACCGUUUGCAGAUUCACCUUUAUUUAAAAAUUUAUUACCCGCUUCUGGUAAAACAGAUUCUCUUUUGAAACCAAACAACGCGGUCACUCAGAAAGCAAUGUUAGCAUGUAAAGAUCUUAAAGUUUCACCGAAAAAUUCCGUUAAAAUAAAAUUAAAACCUAUUGCAACUCCUCUGACUAAAAAAUCAUUAUUUGAAGGUUUGGACGAAUCCGAUGUUGUUUCACCUUCCUUUGCUACCACGUCUAACGUAAAAAAAUUGUCGCUUAAACCAAAACCACUCAAUAACAGCAUGGUAUCAGAUAGUUGGGUCGAAAGUAUAUCGAAUAAAGAAAAUCACAAUGAUAAGGCCAACACACGGAGAGUGAGCUUUUCGGGUAUUCCGAACGAAUGCACCAACGGAGAAAAAGAUAGUUUUUACAUAAGGCGAAAUCCUUUAUUUAAACCUCAAAGACAAAAUGCUCUUGUCGAUUUGGAACAAACGAGUUUGAUGGUUAAUCGUGAAUCGCCUAGUGGAAAGGAUUCGGAGCAAAUAAAUACGACAAAUGGAAAUAAAUCUGUUGGCACUCCGUCGAGCAGCAUUUUACUGGACGAAACAGCAAAGGAUUCGAGUAAACAUAGUAACAGCAGCUUGGAUGAAACGCGAGCUUUCUUAAACGAUACAUCUCCCUACGACGACGAAUGGGAACCGCAUCCAACGGGAAUAAUUCUUCGAAGAAUGGAUUAUUAUACAAUACCAUCAUUAGAUGAUUUAAUUAAUUUGGUGGAUAACGACGGUUCGUGUGUGGUUGAUAAUUUUUGUAUAGGUCGUCUCGGGUAUGGAAAUUUGUACUUUGAUGAAACAAUAGAUGUAUCAGGUUUAAAUAUCGAUGAAAUAGUUCAUUUUCGACAUAAAGAAGUAAACGUGUAUCCAGAUGAUGACAAAAAACCUCCCGUUGGAAAUGAAUUGAACAGAAAAUGUCAGGUGACGUUGGAACAAGUUUGGCCGGUAGAUAAAACGACUAGGGAACCGAUUAAAGAUCCCGAUAGGCUGUUAAAAUUAAAAUAUGAGGAUAAAUUAAGAAGAUCAACGGCCAAAAUGGGCGCUACAUUUAUAGAGUAUCGGCCAUCCACCGGUUCUUGGGUAUUUAAGGUACGGAAAACUUGCUUUUGGAUUGCUGCUACCACCGCCGUGCAAUCAGAAUUUUCUCCUAAUAAAUAUCCUUUUCAAUCUCAAACGACAACCAUGAGCAAAACUCAACAAAGUUCAAAUGUUUUGUCUCCCAUCUUACCCCCCGUUCAUCAAACUUUUACCAUAAAUGAUUCUCAUACGAGUUUUAUGAAUUUGACUGAUGCAGCGACGGAACAUUUAAGUCCUUCUGUUCAUUUGGCACGCCGUACCGGAAUCGAUUCGCACAGAGUACAAUUAAUGAAAGCCUCACUCUUCGAUGAAAACAAAGAUGAUGAAUUUAACGACAUUGGUAAAUUUGAUGGAGUGCAAUUAAUGGAUUACACGACACUGGGAGAAAUACCUGAAGAUCACUUGGAUAAUUUGAAAUUAACACGAGGGCUUCAUGCUUUUAAAUCGAAAUUCAAAACGCAACAAAUAUUUUCCAAACCAGUCACCCAAUUCGAUGCGAGUGAGUGUAAAAAUAAAAACUGCUUAAAAAACGUUAAAAAUUCAUCAGUGGACCUUUUACCAACACCUUCUCUGUAUACGCAAAAUCUACCAAUAUUGAGGCCGAGACCGAAAACGGUUAAUAUGAUUAAUUCCAGUUCAGUCUUGCCCUAUUCAAAAUCAUCUCUCGCCAAAUAUUCAACAAAGUGUGCUUCGGACAGCGGUAUUUACAUGGGAAGAAGUUUUAAAAACGGAUGGGGUCCUAAUACGAGUAUUGUUACGUUAACUACAUUGUGGAACGUGGAUAAUUUACAAGAAAAUUUUUUAAAUUUAAAAGGUAGAACAUUAAACGAUAGUUCUCGAACGGCUGUGCAAAGGCAAUUAUUGUACAAGUCGGCAGAUGAUAGGUUUAAGGAAACGAUCAAGGGUCAUUUAAUGAUCCAAUUAGAAAAUUCUUGUCGAGGAGAACAAGAUGGUUGUCCGCUUAUGACUCCUCAACUUGGAGUUCAGGCUCUUCACGCUCAUUGUUUACUGGCAUCUAAAAAAGAGCCACAAAAUGAUUUCGAGGUUUAUUGUCGUCAAGUAUGGGAAUUGUGCGUUGCCUUGUGGGGAAAUUUGCCAGCUCUUUCAGCAGAAGGGGAUCCUUUAAGCCACAAAACGAUUAUGAUGAGGAAAGAAGCAAUCACGGAAUGGUUACAAAAAUGUGCCAGUAGGUCAAUUAAAAAAGAAGUUGAAGAGUCCGAUGGAACCUCGAAAAGUAAUAAGCACGUCGAAAGUGUUUUGUCAUUAUUAUCUGGAAAAGAAGUAAAAGAAGCUUGCAGUCGUCUGCAAAAAGUUGGUGAUCAUUACGCUGCUUUAUUGUUGACCAGCGGCCCAUCUUCAAAGGCUUUCCUUCAAAAUCAACUUUCAGAGUGGCAAAAUGUCGGAGCGGAUGCUUUCAUCGAUAAGAAAAAAUUGAAAUUAUUUUGCUUAUCCUCUGGUUUGCCUUUGUUGUCGUCUUCUCAGGGUGUUAUUAACAUUUGUGAAAAAUUAGAUUGGAAGAGAGCAUUUGCCGUACAUUUUUGGUAUUUAUUGUCAUCGGUGUCCACGAUUGGAGAUGUGAUAAAAAAAUACGAAAAUGCUUUCGAUGGACCGGAAGCUUACGCUCAGCGGCCAAAUCCGCCCUACGGAGAAGUCAUUACCAGUAGCGGUAGAUACAUUUAUGAUUUAUGCUACCACAUAAUUAAGCUUUAUUGUUUUAAAUCACAUCCUUUGGAACAACUGUUGAAUCCGGCAACGUAUACUUCUGAUCCAUUAGAUCAUCGACUAAGUUGGCUUUUGGAACAAGUUCUUGCUUCUCUCGGUUACGUUCACGUUUCGAAAAUGUCAUCGGCCGUAAACUGUGUUAGUUUUGCAUCUCAACUCGAAGCCUACGGAUUGUGGCAGUGGUCUGUUUUUGUUUAUCUUCACACACCUGACAAUUUUAGGCGGAAACAAGCAGUUUUGGAUGUUAUCAAUAGACACGUAUCUAUAAAUGAAGAUCGAGAACUGUCUCCGGAAGAAGUAUUCGUAAUAGAUGAAUUGGGGAUUCCCAGCGAGUGGAUUUAUCACGGUAAAGCAACUCUUGCUCUAACUCAGUUUCGUUAUCACGAUGCCGCUUAUUAUUUAAUACAGGCAAGGGAAUGGAACGAAGUCCACGAAAUAAUUAUCAAACACAUAGCUGCUGAUGCCAUUAUAAAUGAAAAUUACGAAUAUUUAAAAGAUUUAUUAGAAUCAUUGGUUCCGAAUGCAACCGUCAUAUCAGAAUGGUUUUAUUCCGGACAAUUGCUUUGGGAUUAUUUAGAAGUGAACAGGGUAGUUCAACAAGCUUUAGCAGAACAAAACACUUACGAGUUAGAAGCGAGACAAGCUCAAAUAUCGAGCGUUUGUGCAAGAAUAGUGAGGUGGCCAUGUUUAACAGUUAAAGACAGGCUGUGUCAGGCUGAAAUCGCUAAAAGGAUGGCUCACAUUUAUCGCAGUGUAAUGCAACUGCAAGGAGGAAUGACUCAAAAGGAUAUAACCGAAGUUGUUUCAAAGCUACCUUUGCCGGAAGAUUAUUUAAUGGAAGAAAUGAGAGUUAUAAAAGAAGUAUUUCCACCAAGUUAA